AUUUGUAAUGCUGGCUUUGGGAUUAGGACCCUGAGAGCUAUUUUUUGAUUGGUCGGGAGGCUGAGGCUGCCCUUUGCUUGCCUGAGAAUCACAUUACACUAGCCGCUUAAGCGAGGAGGGGCGCAGUUUGAGAGAUGCUGGAAAGUAUGCAGUGAGUGUAUCAUAUUCAAGGCACAGGAGAGCGAGCACUCACCGAAACGAGUCUGUAAUCCGACUGUACUGCACAUCAGACUGAUACAACAUACAACAACUCACCGUCAGCCUUCUUAAACUGGAAAAAAAGAAAACGAAACUACAACACGGUCACUUGGAAUGAUGAAUUUAGAAGAUUUCACACACGAGUAAUGCACAAAACAAGACGGAGGUAUUUUUUGAGACAAAAUCCAACCAUAGGAGUUUAAUUACACGGGGAUCUGCAAGGAUCUGUUGAAAAGCAUCGGGGCUGUUCUGGAUAGGCAGAAUAAUUCAGGAGAAUACCUCGUUGAAGGACUUUGGACUUUUAGGAAACAGAGUACAUGGACUUUUCUUGACUUGUGCAUUUGUGUGUGUGUCCCGUGCUUGACACAGCGGACUGGAUGUUUACCAGUUUAAAAGGAACCAAUACUGCUACUGGUAGCGCCCACGGAAUAAAGACGCGUUUCUAAAGAAAAGAAUAAGAAAGCUGAAAGCGAGAAAGUUGUUUUGUGGUCGAAAACACCACAACUAAAAUUAACAGCACUAAGCGCCUAGAUAGAUUACAUUACCUGGGCGCUCGACCGCAGUAAAGGGACUUACAAAGAACGCAUCAUCAGGUACAUUGACUUCUUGUGUUUUGGUAAUACACUAGUCAACCGGACAGUUUUUGUUUCUUUCAAUGACAGAUCGAAGAGAAAAUAAAGGCGUUUGGAAGACCUGUAUGUAAUUGCAUGGUGGUGAAAGAUCGAUUCUGCUUUCCAUACCUCACCAAUCUGAUGGCAUUAGCUAUGCCCCGUAGUUUGAACACUGAGAUGAGCGAUUAACUGUCAGGAAAGUACACACAUGCAAAACAAGGACGCUUGGAGGUUUACGAGCAUUAUUCGAGGAGAUCGACAUCCAUUUGUGAUUUCGGCUUCGACCCAGCUGGAGAUUUAACCGAAACAAACAGCGGGAUUAACGCGAUAUAACUUUGUGUAUCCAUUCGUCGAAUCGCAGUCCAUUUGGAAACACACCGCAGUGAGAAUGGCCGAUACGAAGUGUCUCUGGAGGUAUUAUCUGGGGCUUUUCAUUACACUGUGCAGGGUGCCCAUGCCUUUAGCAAAAACCUUGGAUUCCGUGUCCUGGAGCUCGCAAAACCACAAGUUCCAGCCUGGAAAGGGCCUGGUCAUUUACCCUGAGAUCGGGGACAAGCUAGACAUUAUCUGCCCGAAGGCUGAUGCGGGGCGGCCGUAUGAGUUUUACAAGCUGUACCUGGUGAAGAAGGAGCAGGCAGAGUCCUGCAGCACAGUCAUGGACCCCAAUGUGCUGGUUACGUGCAACAAACCCGAGCAAGACAUCAAAUUCACCAUCAAGUUCCAGGAGUUCAGCCCCAACUACAUGGGCCUGGAGUUCCAGAGGAAUAUAAACUAUUACAUCACGUCUACAUCCAAUGGGACAGCAGAAGGACUGGAGAACAGAGAAGGCGGAGUCUGCAACACUCGCUCAAUGAAGAUUAUCAUGAAAGUUGGGCAAGAUCCAAACACAGUGGUACCAGAACCGCCAGUAACAGUAAAGCCCAUCAAAGAGAUUGACAACUCGAUAAAGGCUAUCACCACAAGCCCAGCCAGGAAAAACAGGCCGGAUGAAGAUCAAGGCAGUGCAGGUACAAACAACCAGUAUGGGGAAAACAAGACCCCUCCCGAGGAUGGGAUCUUUGGCUCCAGGCCAGCUCUUUUCACUGCCAUCGGAGCGGGCUGUGUCAUCUUCCUCCUGAUCAUCAUCUUCCUGGUCAUCCUCCUGAUAAAGAUCAAGAAACGGCACAGGAAGCACACCCAGCAGCGAUCUGCGGCCCUGUCCCUCAGCACACUGGCCAGCCCCAAGAUCACUGGCAAUGCUGGCUCUGAGCCCAGUGACAUUAUCAUCCCCUUACGGACUACAGAAAAUAACUACUGCCCGCAUUAUGAGAAGGUCAGCGGAGACUACGGCCACCCGGUCUAUAUAGUCCAGGAGAUGCCACCGCAGAGCCCUGCCAACAUCUACUACAAAGUGUGAAGGCCUGGGAAACAGCAAGACGAAAGAACGGAAGACAAGGAUUUAGGACAUUUUGCUUUAGAGAAUUCGUGCCUACAUUUUACUACCUAGACCUUCUGUUGUCGGUAUAGAGACUUUUUUUUAAUACUGUGUUUAAAACAGUGACACAAGGAAGCAAAACAAGAACAAAAGAACGAGGGAUGACGGAGAAGGUCUUAAUGGAGACUGUAGUCAAGAUAAUUUCGUCUGUAGGCCAAAGGCAGGUUAUGUGGGCCUUUCUCAUCUUCUCUUCCUCUUGUUUCUCACUGUCCCUUUGGAUAUACAGUAUAGAGCCACAUAUCCUCUUUAUUCAGCUGUUUUACCCUCGGAAAUGAAAGAGGCUGGAUCAUAAGACGACUAGGCCUUGAUGCUGAGAAGCCUUUAUUCUUGCUCCUAAAGAUAUGAGAUAGAACAAGGUACCUGAAAAACUUAAAACGGUGGUUUGUCUGUCGUGCAAGGACGUUGUACCUGACUUGAAGCCUUUUCAGAGCGCUCAGGUGACCGGAUGACGAACAGUACACAUAACAUUUUUAUUUCACACCAUGAUGUUUACCUUGUUUAUAAUCAUCAAUAUUAUUAUUAUUAUUAUUUUUUUUGCCACCUGAUUCUCAUUUAUAAGCUGAUCAGGCUUUCCUUUUAGUUUUGUUUCAGUUCUGGUAUAAAAUAUAUAAAGUUAAGUUUAUUUUUCUCAGAAAAAAACUAAGCCACCAGUCAGCCAGCUGCAAUCUAGGACAUACAGUGACUGUGGAUUUGGCCUUCUUUCCAAAGGCCUGGCCUGAUCCUGUAUGUAGACAGCUGUGGAGUGUCAUGGGAAAUAUGAAACAUGUGUUAGGAGAAUCUCAGAAAAUAUCAUGAUUUUCAAAAAAAAGAAAAAUCUGCAAUGGUUUCUUGGUGGUUCUUUUUUUUAAAUGGAAGCAUUGUGGCCAUAUAGCUUAUGAAAGAAAAAGCUAAGUUUCUAGCAAAGGUGGACAAAAUACACAGUGCUUUUCAGCUAUGUUGUACUAUGUAGGGCAAAAUAAAACAUUACGAUGGAAUGUGAAUAAGACAGCAGGGGAACUGUCUUGUAUAUCUCACGUGAGUUAGAUUUUGAGCGGUUCUGUAUGUUAAUUAUUCAGUUUUAUCACAGAGCUAGCCAGAUAUGGAAGCUGUUUUGUACUCGGUUGCCUCCAUGUAUAAAUUGAUGGUUGUUCAAGCAUUAUCGCCUCUAAUUCCUUAACCGUAAACAGGUUAUUAAACCAUUAAAAAAAAAGUAUGCCCCCAAAGUGGAAGCAUACAUUCGAUCAGCCAUGACAUGACAACCUCGUUUUAGACAUGAAAGUAUAUAUUUUUUUUACCUUGAUUUAAGGCAGGUCUAAAAUGUUAAUGUAAUGCAUUGGCAAGAGGUUCCAUACUAUCAGGUUGUUUUUUUACAACACAAUCUGCUCUUAAAAUAUGUCGCUCUAAUGAACUGCUUUCUGUAGACACCUGCUAUUUUUAUUUUGCUCUUACUAGGACCAGCUGGCAACUAAAACAGAAAAAUGACCUCCCACCUCCAGAGUCUCUAUCAGUUUGUUUUUAACCUAGCUGCAAGCAAGCAGCAGUGUUUUUAAAAGAUGUAUUUUGAAUAACAAUAUUUUGGUGAUGCAUCAUAGAAUCAGUGUCCGGAGAUAAUAUAGGCUGAACAUACUUAAAUGCCUGUUGGAGGGGAUUUGUUCCAGUAACAGACGUAGGCUGUAGUCAGGGGAAGCACAUAUUUCUUGCAGAGAUAAAGAUUAGGACAGAAGUGCAUACUUUUUUUCUGGUUAAGCAAUGUUUGACUUUAGUAUACAAACGUGUUUGUUUAUGUGCUUAUAAGGCUGCAGAGGGGCCGACUUCAAUGCUAAACCUACAAUGAUGAUUAAGCCCUAAACACAACAGUGAAACCCUUUUAAAUGGUUAGGAAUUACAAAGCCGUAUGGGAUAGGCAAACAUAGGAGAGCCACAUUCAAAGGAAGCAGUGCCUCUUUUAUGAAGUGUGAACUUUAUUAAAACUGACAAACUUCAUGUAAUUCUAUAAUAUAGAUGUAUUUAGGGAGUGCCAUGGGACUGGUGUAAGCACUAGCCAAGCCUGGGGGGGUGUACGUUAAUUGUGGAGACCGGAAAUAAAUCAAUUAACAGAACAAACGAGGCCAACAUUGCAAAAUCAAAACAUGACAACAUAAAAACUAUGGUUCCGUAGACAAAUGCAAACAGGAACAGAUUAAAUGAAAAAAUAAAGUAUAUUAUUAAGUAAAUUACAUUUUGUGUUAAGUGUUGUAAUUUUAAUUUUAAUUUGUUUUAAUGUUUUAUAUAAUUUGUAUUUUUUUUAUUUUUUUGGCCUAUAUUGUAAAUGACUUGAUUCACAAACAGUCAAAAAUAAAUAAAAAUAUAAAUUAAAAAGAAAACAGUGUACAUAUGUGAAAAUAAAAUGAAAUUUAAAAGUUAAAUUUAUUCGCACCCCAUUUAUGAAAAUAUAAAAAAAUAGAUGUUUUUGUUCCUUUUGUUUUUCAUUGCAGAUUUUCUUUGUAAAUAUUUUUUUUUUUUUGAAAAGACGUUUUGUAUAAACUUUUGAAUUAUUUUAUUGUUUGCUUUUUGUUAGAAAAAAAAAUUAUGAAAAAAAAAACUCUUAGAACGGGUGUAAAACAUCAUAUAUAUACUCUGAAGUGCCAGAUACAGUAAUGAAAAUGAAAAAAAAAAAAAAAAAAAACUGACUGUGGGGUUCACUACAAGAGAACGGUUUGACAUUUCAGUUCCGGGACACAUUCAGCACACUAGCGUUUUUAUAUCGGGGCAAACAAAUCAAUUCAAAUAAUCCUAUUCCAUGUUUUUCUACAUCUUGUAUUUUAUGAAAAAGAAAUGCGUCCUGUGAAGCCCCUUGACAUCUCUGAGAAGAGAAUGUAGUGAAUCUUUAAGUGAAGUGACUGACCAGCACAGACUCCCAGUUGCCUUGUGUCGCAAGCUGACUGUUAGGGGUAAAGAACUGAAUUUAUACCGUGAAACUGACCUAACCAUUCCCAGAUUCAGAUUUACCCAAAGAUGUACACCGCCUUCCCGUGUCACAUGUCAUCAUGCAGCAACAACAGGUAUAGCACGGCUUUAGAACCAUUCAGUAACAUGGCCUUGACAGACAAUAACAUGCCCUGUCGCUGAGCUGUAGUCCUAAAUUAAUUAUUUGUUACAGCAGGGAAAGGGUUAUUUCACUGUCCAGUGAUCUAUGUAAUGGGACCAGAGAAUUGUGUUGUUAGGGCAGAGCCCCUGCUAUCAGAAGGACUCUUAAGGUCAUGAGAAAGACCCUUCUUUAUUUCUGAAAUAACUGAGCUCUAUCUUGCAGUAUAGGCACACACACACCCGCCCCACAAUGCCUGUAAUGGUGUGAUUCAGCUGGUCUCCUGACCCAUUGGAUUACCACAAUGUUAUUACAAGUUCCCUUCAAUGGGUGAGUGACUCUGACCUCAAAGUCACGGAGCAUUUAGCUCUGCCCCUAUCCCCGUGACCUAUGGUGGCAAAUGGAAUAGAUUUAGAAUGAAGACGGUUUGGAACAAUGGCAAGCACUCCUUGUGAAGAUGGUUAGGAUAGAUGAACGCACUUUGUACUUCACCAUAGAAAUCCCAGGCACUGUGUUCCUAUGGCCUGCUGUAGCUUCAUUUCUGCAAAGCAAACACUUGUUUUUUAAAACCAUGAUUUCUUUGAUACACAGAGUAAUACAAUCAACUCUCAUACAGGGCUGGGCUGGUUGUUCACUUCUCCUGGGCCAAGCCACGCCCCAUAGUAUGGUAUAUGAUUUCUGUGCAUACUGAAUACACAGUAUUAUUAUGUUCAAUGUACAUGUGUACAGACCCAGUGGAUUUGUGUUUCUUUGUAUUUGCUCCAUAAAUGUCUGUUCAUUUUUUGCCUUUCACAAUGCAGCUUUUACCCCAGUACAACAUAACCAGUAACAAUGGAAUCUGCGUUCCAUGAGCCAAGUUUGAAAACCUGAUAUUGCAUAUUGAUAAAUAAAUUUUUCCUGUGGAAA